UAUAUUCAAGAACAAAGACCGGAGCCGUCAGACAAUAGCUGAGAAACAGGAUUAAACGCAUGAGGGUUUGCCUUCUUUUUCGGAAAGUAACAAGAAGAAGAUUAGAAGAUAUGACACUGUUUCUGAUAGUUCUGGGUUUAGCGCUGCUUUUUGAAGGUGGACAGUGUCAGGAACGUGAAGUGUUGGUGGCUCAAGGAUCUGUAGCAGUGCUGCCAUGUGAGGACGAGUUCUCUACGCUCUCAUAUCCUACUGCAGUCUACUGGAGCAAGAUAGUCAAUGGUGUAAUGAAGACAGUUUGGCGGCGACAGAAGAGCGGGUUAGAGUUUCGUCCGGUUAGAGACCCACCACGCGCUAACUGUCCCGUUCCCAACUUUGGAAAGGCCGAUUACAGCCUUCACAUCGCCGGAACGACAUAUGAAGAUGGAGGACAGUACGUCUGUGAGGUUGUGGGAAAGACUCAGAUGGUGAAGAUCGUCACACUCAGGGUUAUAAGAGCAUCAUUUUCUCCAGCCAUUGUGGUUGAGGGCUCAAGAACGGAGGCAAUGUGUGAUGUUAGUCCUGGGACAAAAUCUGCAAAAGUUAAUUGGAAACGAAACGGCGAAUUUAUAAGAAGAACCAGCCUCUCUAGCGUGUCUCAAAGAGAUGCCGGAAACUGGACCUGUCAGGUUUCACACAAUGGUGUGGUAGUAGAGGCAACCGUAUCCCUACAGGUCAAAGGAAUCGCCACCCCUCAGGAUGACUCUUCGGUGGUGUAUGCCGCUGUCGGCUCCCCCGUCUCCUUGCCCUGCCUGUUUACUGAUGGUCUAAUCCCAAACACUGUGAGGUGGAACAGAAUUUCCUCAACAACACAGUUUUCUCAUCUUCCCCCUUCAUUUUUCAACGGGUCCUCAGCAUCAGCCACUAUACGGAGAGUGGAGGAUGGAGAUGAAGGGACGUAUAAGUGCUCAGGGGUGAUGGAGGGAUUGAAUAGAGAGAGAAUUCAAGUACAAAGAAGGAUGGAGCUAGUUGUUUCUCGAGUUGUGAGCUCCUCAGCAUCCAGUGGUAACGGACCCGUGACCCUGACCUGCCAUCUCAGCAACUCCAACCAGAUCACUUCCUAUGAAUGGCUCCGUGUUACUUAUGGACCAAACGACACUCAAACGGUGACCUCUGUGACCUCUGUUCAAAAGACAAAUAGCUUCAGGAUUCAGAAAGUGACUGAGAGAGAUGCUGGUGAAUGGGUGUGUCGGUACUACGGGAAACAAGGAGUUCUGGGGAACGUGACUUAUGAACUUCAUAUUAUGGGUGCUGUAAAGGGCGAAAAGUCAAGUUCUGGCAAUAAAACCGCUAUGGUGAUGGGAUUAGGAUUUUUGUUCUUGGUGGUAUUCCUGAUUAUGUUCCAGAUGUACAGAAACUAUCGCAGGAAGAAGAGAAUCCUUCUUUACCCAGCAAUGGAAACCAUCGUCCAUCAGGCCGCCACCGAACGAGAGCACAGAGAAAGAAGCAGGCCAAAAAUGACUGAACCUUGUGUUGGACAACCGAAAACAGUGUGUGUGUAAAUUUGUGUUUUUCAUGGAAAUUUUGUAAAUGCCUGUGUUUUACUCUAUGUUAAUGUGUGUGUUUUAAAAGCAGACAAUUGUAGCAGUCCAUUUAAACUGUAAAUAUAUUGCCGACAUAUAAAUGUAUUUUGUAUAAACUAAUUUUGGUGCAAAUAUAUUUUCAAAUGUAAAAUCUAUGUAAAUAAAGAAAUAAACUGAAAACAUAU